UGCUUCACCGAUCACAUACAGAAGGAACUGAACCUGUUUCCACCUGACAAAAGGAAAGAUGUUGUCAUCCUCUUCUCGGCUCACUCGCUACCCAUGUCUGUGGUGAACCGUGGUGAUCCAUAUCCUCAGGAAGUGGGAGCUACUGUCCAGAGAGUCAUGGAGAAGCUGAACUACUCCAACCCUUACAGACUUGUGUGGCAGUCCAAGGUUGGACCAAUGCCUUGGCUUGGCCCACAGACAGAUGAGACCAUUAAAGGACUGUGCCAAAGAGGGACGAAGAACAUGUUGUUGGUCCCGAUAGCAUUUACAAGUGACCACAUUGAAACACUUUAUGAACUGGAUAUUGAGUAUGCCCAGGUUUUAGCGAAUGAGUGUGGAGUUGAAAAUAUCAGAAGAGCAGAGUCUCUUAAUGGAAAUCCACUGUUCUCCAAGGCUCUGGCAGACCUGGUCUGUUCGCAUAUCCAGUCGAAUGAAAUCUGCUCUAGGCAGUUACCCCUCUGCUGCCCGCUCUGUGUAAAUCCCGUCUGCAGGGAGACAAAAGCCUUCUUCACUAGUCAAAAGCUGUGA